AUGGAGUUGGUCAUCGUCGAGCCCCUUGUGCUUGCUGAAGAGGUUCCUCCAUUGAAGCGUGCGUUGAAGUAUGAUAUCAAGAUCACCUCUACAUUGGCUCCGUCAUCUGGGGCGGAUGACGUCCUGCCUCCACCUCUGCCGCGUGAAGACCCCGACCAUGGGCGACGUCGACGCCGGCGGCAGGCCCCUGCUACGCCGCAGUCCGCUACCCGUGGCUCCGGUGUUCGAGAUGGCGCUCCUCGGGUCUCUGUGCACCGUCGACUCGGCUCUGGUCCGGUAUCAGGCAGCCACGUGGCGGAUGGUGUGGAGCCGUUUGAUGGCUCGCAGGCUCCUGUGCCCGAUGCGACGCAGCUGCCCUCAAUUCCUUCAACCGCCUCGAUUCAGUCGGACCCUAUUGAUGAUAUGGCGGCUGUGGUUAUUGUGCCAAGGCAUGGGGAAGAGAAUGCGAUCCCGGAGAUGCCGGGGCUUUCGUUUUGGCUGUCGACUGAUGGCCCUAUUUUCACGAAGCCGCUGGCCAUCGCUUCUGAUAAAACUGGAUCUGUGGGCUCAUUCUUGGCCCAAACACCGGGCUCUUCUUCUGCUUUUAGCCCAGCUCGUAGAACUGAAGAUAUUCCCAGCAGACCUAAAGCUGCAGCACCUGAUCGGCUGGGCCUGAUCUCAAACCCACCAAGGGAUGCGGAUGGAGGUCUCUUCCCUUCUCCGUCGCCGGAUGACAUCCCAAUCCUUGAUCCUGUUCUGACGGCGCUCUGCGCUUCUCCGAUGGGGACUGCUAUUCGGAACGGCGUGGACACGGCUCCGCUCCCAAAACCUCAUCUGGCUUGCAUGGUAGCCAUGGCCAAGCCGGUUGACGUGGCAGUAGCGGCAGUGACUCCGCACCGGACCCCCAUUCAUGGUCCUGGGGGCGUUGAUGUCAUGGCCGUGACUCCAUCCACUGGUGCACGCUUGUUCCCUGCCGGCAAGGAUCUCACUCAGGUCUCCCUUGAUGACGGCAACGAGUCGAGCAAGCUCAUUUUGGGGGGACCGGUGUCGAAACUGCUGCAGUCGGUGCCGCAGCACACAUCACCGGAACCGCAAGUGAUGACUCAGCCGCUACCGCCUGUGCUGCUGGCGCCGCCACUUCGGGGGAGAACCCCGCCUCCCUUGCAAGUCUAUUCACGUCGCCGGUCCAGCAGGAGGGUUGCGACUAUGGAGGGGGAGGCUGUUGCUUCUACUUCCCCUUCGCAACCCCUCGGUCCACCCUUUCAUUACGAAGAUGGCAAAGACUCCUAA